UCUGUCUGCCCAGAAGUCCUGCAGCGGCGCCAGCACACCAAACGGCGAUUAAUGAGUCAACGCGUGUCAACGCGCUCGCUGACAUCGAUGUGUCUGUUGUCUGGUCCCUCAUGUGACUGAGUAGCCCUUUAGCAUGGCCUGGCCUGUUGUUGCACCUGCUGCUGUUCGGGUAGUGGGGGCACAGGGGCCACUACGAGCGAGAUAUUCAGGUGUUGCAGUUGGGAACUUAGGCAGCGUCCACCGACUGGCAGCUUCUAAACGGUUGACUCGUGGAUCUUGGUGCAAGUUAAAAAGUCAGCAGAACUCCAGGCCUUGCUGACCAUCACUUUAUACUUCCUGUGAGCUGAGAAUUUUCCGCAUUGUUCGGUCGUCGGCGGUUGGUGCCGCCUCCUCCUCCUCGUUCCUCUUCCUCCCCUCCUUCCAUCCACCUGGCCACCCAUCCGCCAUGUCGCAGGGUCAGAACUUCCUCCCCAAAUUCCUGUUUGUCUCCAACCUGCUGAAGGCGGUGAAGAUCCGUCAGCGAGUGCCCAACGACGUGGUUAAGCCCGCGGCCAGCGGAGGCCUGAUGCACCACCUGCGGGGUAUGCACAGGUACACUCUGGAGAUGAUCGCCAUGAACCACUUCCCACAGGCCUUCAGGGAGGUGGUGCAGGCCGCUAUCCUGGACCGAGCCAUGCAGGCCUCAUUAGAACAGGAGAAGAAGCUCAACUGGUGUCGGGAGGUGAAAAAGAUGGUGCCCCUACGUACCAAUGGAGAUGGGAACUGUUUGCUCCAUGCAGCCUCUCAGUACAUGCUAGGGGUUCAGGACACAGACCUGGUGCUUCGAAAAGCCCUCCACGGGGUUUUGAAGGAGACGGACACUGGCGUGUUUAGAGCCCGCUUCCAGGCAGAGCUGCUCCAGUCCCAGGAGUUCACCCAGACUGGACUCCGAUACACCACCAUGAACUGGGAAGAGGAGUGGGAAAAGAUUGUGAAGAUGGCGUCUCCGGUCUCCAGUAGCAACGGCCUCCAGUUUGACUCUCUGGAGGACAUUCACAUUUUCAUCCUCUCCAACAUUCUCCGCAGACCCAUCAUCGUCAUCGCAGACCAGGUGGUCAGGAGUAUGAAAUCUGGCUCCUCCAUCUCUCCUCUGAAUGUGGGUGGGAUUUAUCUGCCACUACACUGGCCGCCCACAGAGUGCUACAAAUACCCGAUAGUGCUUGGCUACGACUCCCAACACUUUGCACCUCUCAUCACCAUCAAAGACAGUGGUCCAGAGAUCCGAGCAGUACCGCUGAUCAACCCAGGACGGGGGGACUUUGAGGAGCUGAAGGUUCACUUCCUGAUGGAGAAAGAACAGCAGCAGAAAGAGAGGCUUCUCAAAGACUACCUGUUACUAAUAGAGAUCCCUGUCAUAGGCUUGGGCUAUGACGUCUUAAGGAUCAUCAAUGCUGCAAGACUGGAUGAGGGCAAUCUCCCUGAAGACAUGAACCUGAUGGAGGACUACCUGCAGCUUGUCAACCAUGAGUACCAGCGCUGGCAGGAGGACAAGGAGCAGGCAUGGGCCGCCCAGCCACAGCGCCCACCUCCCUUCUCUGUCUCCCAGCUCUCCCUCAUCGAAAUCCGCUGUGCCACACCACGAUGUACCUUCUAUGUCUCUGUGGACACGCAGCCUCAUUGCCAUGAAUGCUUUGAGAAGCGACAGGCCACUACCGGUGGAGGAGCAAGGAUAGAAGGGGUGGUACAGACCAAGGGAGGAGGGGUACAAGGUGGGGUAGGUGCGAUAGGGGGAUCAGAGACUGAGGUGAACUCUAGAGGAGCCCGAAGUGGCAGCCCACCAUCCUCCUCGUCUGGGAGAGGGGUGGUGUUGUCCAGCCCGCGCUCAGCCCCACCCACAGCCCCCAGCCUCAGCCUGUACAGUGAAACUCAUGCCAUGAAGUGCAAGACACCCGGCUGCCUCUUCACCCUUAGCGUGGAGCAUGAUGGACUUUGCGAGCGCUGCUUCAACUCCAGGCAGAACCAUGGACCCCCUGGAGCUGUAACGGUUGCUACAGGACUCCCAGGCCCCAAUGGGGGGCCUGUAGUCCCCCACCAGGCCCAGGGCUCUGGCUGGACCCAGUGGGGGGGCUGUGAGACAGAGACAGAACGCUGCAGCAUGUGUAGACAGGAGGUGUUCAGGAUAUUCAAUGGCCUGUGUCCACCCUGCAUGCAGAGACAGCAGGCUCCAGAGAGGGGAGAGCCACAGCAGAGCAACCCCCGAACUGAGGCCUCAUCUUCGGCUUGGAGCCAGGCCAGGGAUGCUGAGCGGCCAUGCCUCACCCUAACCCCAGGGCACACCUCAGCAUGGCAGGCCCCUCUGGCCCGGCCUUGUAAAAGAUCUGGUUGCCAGUUCUUUGGGACGCCAGAGAAGUUGGGUUUCUGCACUAUUUGCUACGUCGACUAUCAGACCAACCACCACAUGACCCCUCCCCCUGCCCCGGUCCAGAGCCGGCAUGGUUUGGAGGCAGGCUUCCAGAACGCCUCACGGUGUCGUGGGCCUGGGUGUGGUGCGGUUGGCAAGGCAAUGCUGGAGGGCUACUGCGACAAGUGCUACGUCAAAGAGCAAAGCGCACGGCUCAACCAAGUGGCACAUCGCACACCACACUCCCCUCCUCUAGUCAUGCGUGACCGAGCAGCCAAACCCAGAUCUUCUCAGCAAUCCCAGACCCAGACCCAGACUCAGUGCCGGCGGAGUGGCUGCAGCAACGUGUCCCCGGGUUGCACAGACCUUUGCCCAGAGUGCCACACACGAGGCCAGGGCAGAGAGGUGGGCAGGCGGGCGCAGGCGCCCAAGGAAAAGUCCAAGCAGCGGUGCCGGACGCAGGGCUGCGACCACUACGCCAACCAAGAGAAACAGGGCUACUGCAAUGAGUGUGACCACUUCAAACAGAUUUACCGCGGCUGACCGCAUACGUACCCAUGCACACAGCGACGAUGAUGACACAUCGCUAGCACGCUAGAGCCGCUGCCCUGCUGUGGGCGCCCCAUGCCAGUCAAUGCACCUCUGAUACUAACUAACCAACUAACUAACUAGCUAGUGACUAACUAGUAACCUUAUGGCCUGAAAAUCAAACCCCCCAUGUAGAAUGUGAAGAGAGAAUGUGUGUACGUGGGGGGGGAGUGAGUGUGUGUGUGUUCGCAGUAGACAUGGCCUCCAGAAUACCUCUUUGUGCAAUUAUUAUCAUCUGAUGUGCCCUGUGCACUUACACGGUGAGAGGUUUGGCUACAUGUCAGAGCAACUGACUUAACUCCUGUGUACAAUAUGUAUUUAGAGGUACGUAGUGAAUCGUGCCGGACAAAAUGAUUGUAUGUUGACAUAACGAGAAGCAUCUGACAUUGCUUUCUAGACCACAGCCAAGGAUUUAUACCCCCCCGUCUGUCUGUCUGUCUUUAACCCAUCUGUGUAUCUGUCUGCCUGUCUGUCAAGCAUUUGCUCUGUAGAGUGAGGGAUGCAGUAGUUGGGGAAGCCCAGCAACAAAUCUGUGCAAGUAGUAAGCAGAAGUGAGCCAAAUUGGGCCGAAGCAAAGCAAGUGAAAUGCUAGAAAUGAAAUAAAAUGGUAUUCACCACUGUUUUAGCUUAGUUCUCCAAAAUCACUCAUUUAUGUCCUCCCACAGUAGACAAAGAUUUGCCAAAAAAGGCUCUUGCAAUCAAUAUUGUAAAAUUGUCAAGAAUGAAUUUUCUUCCAUUAGUCAGUCAAUAGCAGUGUUAGUUCAUAUUUUGAGGCAAAUUAAACUUAGUAUUGUCACAUAUCUGUUAUAUGAAGUUAUUGUGAAUUGCUUGAUGUGGAAAGUAAGAACAGACCAUGUGUCUACACAGUGCAAGACAGACAGGGCAGGCCCCUGCUAGUUUUGGUGCUACAUGUACAGAAAUACAAGCCUCUCCAUUGUAGCCAACAUGCUGGCGGUGUCAGCGGACAGAAGGCAGAGAACACAGUAGAGACAGGACUCAUUCCCUUUCUAUUCCUCCUUUCCUUCCUCUUAUUUCCCCUCUUCUCCUCCAAAACAGAGCUGUUGCCUUGGACAUUGUUUUCCUGUUUACUGACCACUUAAGCACCUAGAAACGCAUAGAUACAUGCGCACACAUACAGUACCUACACAUGCGCACACAAAUGCAGUAGUUCCAGUCCUGUGAAAAGGGGAUUGCCAACUACAGAGAGAACUGAGAACAUAAUGACGGGUGAAUUCUGGACGAUUAUCCACCUUUCCACCACAUACACCCAUAUGCACACACAUGCACAUGCAAACACAGCUCUGAGAGAUUGUAUGCGCCCCACCCCAGCCUGAGGUGAUGUGUAGGUAAACAAACCCACAAAGAAUGCAUGCCUCUCUGCUCCACCCCACUGGAUGUGCCAAGGCGACAAUUUCAAAACUUCAGAGAGCAAUUCCAUUGCCUGCUUUGGCUAAUCUUGUUUAUCUGAAUGUGUUUUGUGCUGCCGCUACAACAGCACAGUAUUGGGGCUGACCCACGAUAAGUUUUGCCUUUACGUAGUGAUUAAAAUUUUAUGGACCAGAGGGGCCUGAUCAGUGAUCCUGCAUCAGUGCUCCCACCUAUAAAAUGCUUUUGUGAAUAUGGAUCUUGGUCCAUAUUGUAGGACCUUCUAACCCGAUGCCUCAUCUCCAACACACACAAACACAGCGCGCGCAUGUGUGCGUCUGGAAUACGCAAAACUGACAUUCCUGGGUUUUUUG